AUGAGAGCAAUUGAUAUCCGGGGCGAUGUUGGCCCAGCAGAAUCCCUUUAUAUGACAGAAAUCCCAAAGCCGGCGCCCAAAGAAGGCCAGGCGCUGGUAAAAGUCAAAGCAUUCGGAAUCAACCGCGCAGAUAUUAUGCAGCGCGACGGAGAAUAUCCUGUCCCUCCCUGGGUCGGUAAAAUUAUGGGAUUGGAUGUUGGCGACGAAGUGUUCGCUUUGGCAUACGGAGGAGCCUAUGCCGAGUACAUUACUAUCUCAACUCAUAUGCUAAUCCACAAGCCGCCGCAUUUGUCAUGGGAAGAGGCUGCGGGUAUUCCCGAAACGUGGCUUACCGCAACAAAAGUGAUGUAUAAGAUCGGAGAAUUUACACGUGGCAAAUCUGUUCUCUGGCAUGCUGGAGCUUCUGGAGUUUCUAUCAGUGGCAUCCAGCUUGCCCUCAGCGCUGGGGCCUCAGCCGUUUAUGCAACAGCACGAUCCGACGAAAAAUGCGACUUCUGCGUUAAUACUCUGGGAGCUACUGCGGCUUUCAACACGACCGAUCCAAAUUGGGUUGACCAAGUGAUGAAGGCAACUAAUAGCAAAGGUGUUGACAUAAUUGCUGAUCUAAUUGGUCCUGAUGUCUUCGCCGAGAAUCUCAAGAUUGCUGCCAAAGAUGCAAGAAUUGUCUUGAUCGGAUUAAUGAGCGGAUUUACCUUUAAAAAGGAAUUUGACAUGGGACUGCUAGCCUUCAAAAGAGUCAGAUACGAAGGCUCAACUCUGAGAAGCCGAGACGAAGAAUUUCAGCGCAAACUGAGAGAUACUUUUGUAUCAGAGGCCCUUCCACAGUUCCAAUCUGGGCAGUUCAAAGUCUACAUCGAAAAGGUUUUGCCUUGGGAAAAAAUCAUCGAUGCGCACAAGCUGAUGGAGACAAACAAGAUUAUGGGAAAGAUUAUUUGUACGAUUAACUAA